AUGGACUGUUGCACGACGAAUCUCGACGCCAUCGCUGACGCAGAUGAAGCCGAUUGCGAAGGGGGGAGGUCGCUGCCCGGCUGCCUCAUGCGUGGGAGUGAGUCGGCGAACACCGACGCCAAUGACAAAACCGACGACGGCGAAGGCGAGGGCGAAGGCGAGGGCGAGACGUGCCGUCCGCCGCUUGAAUCCUUCAAGCGUGUGAUUGAGUCGGUGAAUGCCAACGCCGACGACGGCGAAGGUGAGGGCGAGACGCGCCGUCCGUUGCUCGAAUCCUUCAAGCGUGUGAGUGAGUCAGAGAAUGCCAACGCCGGCGACGGCGAUGGCGAGGGUGAGACGGGGCGUCCGUUGCUCGAGUCCUUCGAGCGUGUGAUUGAGUCGGUGAAUGCCAACGCCGACGACGGCGAAGGCGAGGGUGAGACAUGUCGUCCGCCGCUCGAAUCCUUCAAGCGUGUGAAUGAGUCAGGGAAUAACAACGCCGACGAUGGCGAAGGCGAGGGUGAGACGUGCCGUCCGUCGCUCGAGUCCUUCGAGCAUGUGAUUGAGUCGGCGAAUGCCAACGCCGACGACGGCGAAGGCGAGGUUGAGACGAGGCGUCCGUCGCUCGAGUCCUUCGAGCGUGUGAUUGAGUCGGCGAAUGCCAACGCCGAUGACGGCGAAGGCGAGAGUGAAACGUGCCGUCCACCGCUUGAGUCUUUUGUGUAUGCAAAUGAACCAGCGAACGCCGACGAUGUUGACGGCGAGGCUGAGACUUGCCAUCCGUCGCUCGAGUCCUUCGAGCCUGUGAGUGAAUCGGCGAACGUCAACGUCGAAGCAUGUGAGGGCGAGGCGGGUGGUCGGUCGCCCGAGUCCAUCGUGGGCGUGGGCGAGUCGACGAACGUCGACGCGGAGGCCGGGACGCCGGUUGUCGGAGCACGGCUCGGCCAGUCCACUAGUCGGGACGGCGAGGGAGCGAAAGCCGACGGCGCAUGGAACCUGCGGGACGCCAGCCUCGUCGGUUUCACCGACCAGUCUCGAGGAGUCACCACGGCCGCGUCG